UUUUCAGAUAGGACAGUGGAGUGACAGGAAGCGAGAUGGGAGACAGAGACGGGGAAGAAUCAAGAAAUGACCCUCGGAGGGAAUCCAAGCUGGGUCGCCCGCAUAGCAGUCCAUUGCCCAGCCAUUAGAGCCACGGCUGGGCCUUCAUCAGGUCGGUUACCAGCUGCUCGAGUAACAAAGAAGGCAAAUUAUCAAAUGAAGGCGUCCAUGAAUAAGCUGUUGGGGAGUCUUUUGGUGGUUUUACUGAUCUCCACUGAAAUCAAAGAUGCUGCAGGAGGUCCACGAGGAGGUUCACACGUACAAAAAAAAUCCUGCGGCAACCCGGGUGAUGUAUACAAUGGCCAUUAUGACUUAUCGGAGGGAGUUGACUUUGGGGCCGUAAUCACAGCCAGUUGCAGAGCAGGGUACCACUUGAUAGGUGAGAGCAAGAGGACAUGUCUAGCCAAUGGAGAGUGGGAUGGCCGGCCAGCUGUUUGUGAAGUGGUGAACUGCAGCAGCCCCAUUGUCCCCCACGCUCGGCGUGUAGACGGUGGGAGUGAGCCCUAUGGCUAUGGGGAUAGUGUCAGGUAUAGGUGUGACAGUGGGUACAUGAUGGUCAAUGGCACGGGAAACAUGGUUUGUCUGGAGCACGGGUGGACCUCCCCUCCUACAUGUGAAGUUGUCUGCACCACUCCUCUGGGCCUGAAGGAUGGGCAGAUUAAGAAUGGACAGGUGACGGCCUCCAGUGUUUACAGUGAAUCAUUUUGGGGGGGCAGCUGGACUGCCGACGCCGCACGUCUGGACAAUGAGGGUAGGGUGAACGCCUGGUCCCCUAAUGAAAGCGAUCGUUCACAGUGGCUUCAGGUGGACCUAGAUAGCCCAAAGACUGUCACAGGGAUCAUCACUCAGGGGGCAAAGGACCUUGGGCGCCCCAAAUAUGUCACAGAAUUCAAAAUAUCGUACAGCAAUGAUGGAUCUUCUUGGACAGAAUUUUCCAGUGAUGGAAACGAAACGAUAUUCCAAGGGAAUACUGACAACGACAGUCACCAGACGAACAUGUUUGAUCCUCCAUUUGACGCCCGCUACGUUCGUUUCCUCCCCUGGGCGUGGCACAAACGCAUCACCCUCCGCACGGAGCUGCUGGGCUAUUUUGCUGUAGUGAAGGGGAGUAGAGGUGCCCUGCUGGCACUCGGACGUGGACCUCUCUGGGGUAGGCCUACCAAACUGGGGCCCUGGCCGCUACACCAAAGAGCCAGGCUCGUUGGCGUGACAGUAUGUGCUCGGUUACCAGCUGCCGGAGUAACAAAGAAGGCAAAUUAUCAAAUGAAGGCGUCCAUGAAUAAGCUGUUGUGGAGUCUUUUGGUGGUUUUACUGAUCUCCACUGAAAUCAAAGGUGUUGUAGGAGAUUGCAGCAGAUCCACCAUCAGUGACAAUGCUGUUUUAGACGAGGAGAACUAUGAGGAGUCAUCUAUUGCUAGACUGAAAUGCCAACCUGGGUACGAGCCAACUCCAGGAUCUCCACGGACUGUCACCUGUUCGGGGGGCCAAUGGAGACCAUCUCCAAGCCGUUUUAAAUGUCAAAAAAAAUCCUGCGGCAACCCAGGUGACAUAUACAAUGGCCUUUAUGACUUCUCGGAGGGAAUUGAAUUUGGGGCCAUAAUCACAGCCAGUUGCAAAACAGGGUACCACUUGAUUGGUGAGAGCAACAGGACAUGUCUGGCCAAUGGAGAGUGGGAUGGCAGCCCAGCUGUUUGUGAAGUGGUGAAAUGUGGACCUCCUCCAAUUGUCCCCGAUGGCCACACGCAAAACCCUCCAAAGGAGGCGUAUGAGUUUGGCGAAGUGGUGGAGUAUGAAUGUAGCAGCGGCUACACCCUGUUAGGAGACAGCGUAACAGCAUCCACAGUACACUGCCUCAGCAAUGCUUCCUGGUCUCAUGUCCCUCGAUGCAAAAUGGUGAACUGCAGCAGCCCCAUUGUCCCCCACGCUCGGCGUGUAGACGGUGGGAGUGAGCCCUAUGGCUAUGGGGAUAGUGUCAGGUAUAGGUGUGACGAUGGCUUCAGGAUGGUCAAUGGCACAGGAGACAUGGUCUGUCUGGAGCACGGGUGGACUUCCCCUCCAACAUGUGAAGUUCUUGUUCACUCACAAAAAAAUCUAAAUACAGCCAUUAACGUUUUACAACAUGCAACAAAAGUGAGUAAACCCCAAAUUAAAAUCCUGUCGAGAGUGUCUGAGAAGGGGGCGCGUUGGCUCGAAACGUCUCGCAAUGAAAAGGGAUUAAACGGGAGGUCAUCAGUGUGCGUUUCAACCUUGCCUUACAUUCAACAUUUGUUUUACAUUUUUUUUAAAAACUCAGUUGUUAACCACCACACAUGCUUGACACCAUCUAAAGCAAAUUUGUUUAUCUUGGUCUCAAGAGAGAUGAACAGACCAAGGAUAUGGAUCACUGGAACCAUGUCGUGUGGUCUGAUGAGACCAAGACCUGUUUCUGAAACAGGUGUUGUAGGAGAUUGCAGCAGAUCCACCAUCAGUGACAAUGCUGUUUUAGACGAGGAGAACUAUGAGGAGUCAUCUACUGCUAGACUGAAAUGUCACCCUGGGUACGAGCCAACUCCAGGAUCUCCACGGACUGUCACCUGUUCGGGGGGCCAAUGGAGACCAUCUCCAAGCCGUUUUAAAUGUCAAAAAAAAUCCUGCGGCAACCCAGGUGACAUAUACAAUGGCCUUUAUGACUUCUCGGCAGGAAUUGAAUUUGGGGCCGUAAUCACAGCCAGUUGCAAAGCAGGGUAUCGCUUGAUAGGUGAGAGCAAGAGGACAUGUCUAGCCAAUGGAGAGUGGGAUGGCAGGCCAGCUGUUUGUGAAGUGGUGAAAUGUGGACCUCCUCCAAUUGUCCCCGAUGGCCACACGCAAAACCCUUCAAAGGACGAAUAUGAGUUUGGCGAAGUGGUGGAGUAUGAAUGUAGCAGCGGCUAUACCCUGUUAGGAGACGGCGUAACAGCAGCGUCCACAGUGCACUGCCUCAGCAAUGCUUCCUGGUCUCAUGUCCCUCGAUGCAAAAUGGUGAACUGCAACAGCCCCAUGGUCCCUCACGCUCGGCGUGUAGAGGGUGGGAGUGAGCCCUAUGGCUAUGGGGAUAGUGUCAGGUACAAGUGUGACGAUGGCUUCAGGAUGGUCAAAGGCACGGGAAAGAUGGUCUGUCAGGAACACGGGUGGACCUCCCCUCCAACAUGUGAAGCUGUCUGUACCACUCCUCUGGGCCUGAAGGAUGGGCGGAUUAAGAAUAGACAGAUGACGGCCUCCAGUGUCCUCGUUGAAAAAUUUUGGGGGGGAAUUUGGGAUGUCUACUGCGCACGUCUGGACAACAACGAGGAAAGGGUCAACGCCUGGUCUCCUCAUGAAAGCGAUCGUUCACAGUGGCUUCAGGUGGACCUGAAUCGGCCAAAAACUGUCACAGGGAUCGUCACCCAAGGGGCAAAGGACCUUGGGGUUCACUCUUUUGUCACGGAAUUCAAAGUAGCGUACAGUGAUAAUGGUUACUCUUGGAGAGUAGUCUCCAGUGGUGGAGAAGAAACGAUAUUCCAAGGGAAUAAAGACAACAACGGGCACCAGACAAACAUGUUUGAUCCUCCAUUCGAGGCCCGAUACAUUCGUUUCCUGCCCUGGGAUUGGGUGGAGCGCAUCACCCUCCGCAUGGAGCUGCUGGGCUGCUAGGCUGUUUCUCAACCACCCCUGGACUCACUCCAGACAGUUAAAGCGAGGGUCCCUCCACCUCUACGAAAAAAAAGAAACCUGUGUAAAUGCUGCAGUUUUUCUUAGUUAUUGUUGUAAAAUAAUGUAGUAGUACUGCAGUAUUACGGGAGUGCUGUAUUUUAUGGGUCUAUAUGAAAACACGGCAUACUACAAAAUGACAUAAAAAAAUAAUUAGAUUUUUUGCUAUUUGUUUUUCUUUUUUCUAUGAGUUAUAUUUAAUGCCAUUUUCCAUGACUGAAAGAACAUAAUCUAACCUGCUGUGUAGGACAUCCAAAAUAAAUAAAAACAAAUGUUGUUUUGAAAA